AUGCCUGAAGAGCAGAAGAACCCCAUCAAUGCAGAGGCAGAGCAGGAUGUCCAGAAUGUGCUGGCUGAGCUGAAGGAAGGAGGUGCUCCGGCUGAACAGAGCAAGGAAGACGCCGAUGAAGCCCGCAUUGUCGCAGAAGCCGCCAAGCUCGGUGAGAAGUCAGAAAUGGCCGAGGAGAAGACAGAAUCAAAUGGUACUCAGCAGCGCGAAUCGCGCGGUUCUUUCCGCGGCGGUCGCGGUGGUCGUUCUUAUCGCAACAAUGCCAAGUUCGACCCCUCCACCCAGAAGGAGACGGAUGAUCCUGUGGAGAUCCGCAAGCAGGUCGAGUUCUACUUUUCCGACUCCAACCUGCCGAUGGACAAGUUCCUUCUGUCCCUGGUGGGAGGCAGCACCAACAAUGCCGUUCCUCUGGCCACCCUGCACUCCUUCAAGCGCAUGCGCCGGUUCCAGCCGUUCAGCGCCGUCGUCGAGGCCCUUAAGUCGUCGGAGCCUCUGGAGUUGACCGACAACGACACCGCUGUGAAGCGCAAGGUGCCGCUGCCCGAGUCGGUGACCAAGGCACAUGAUCCCAGCGUGGUUAAGGUGUUCGAGGACCAGGCCAUGGCUCGCAGUAUCUACGCCAAGGGGUUCGGUCGUGAGGAGCCCAGCACGCAGUUCGAUAUUGAGGCUUUCUUUGCCCCCUUCGGCCCUGUAAACGCCAUUCGUCUUCGCCGGGGCGUCGACAAGGGCUUUAAGGGCAGUGUUUUCGUUGAGUUCGCCUCUGAGGACAAGCAAAAGGAGUUCCUCGGUCUCGAGCAGAAGCCGAAGUGGAACGACCAGGACCUACUCAUCAAGAGCAAGAAGGAAUACUGCGAUGAGAAGGUAGAGGAGAUCAAGGCCGGCAACCUCAAGCCCACCAACUACCGCGGCCGUGGCGGCCAACGAGGCCGAGGCCGAGGCCGUGGUGGAGGCCGUGGAGACCGCAAGGAGCGCGACUGGCGGGAACGUCGAUCGGAGGACCAGAAGAACGGGUUCCAGAGCGGCCGUGAGGCCCAGAAGGAUGCUCGUGGUGUCCCCGUGGUGCAGAGCACUGCUGACGACAAGUCGGCCGGCCAGAAGCGGGCUCGGGAAGAGGAGACUAAUGGUGACCACCCGGCAAAGAAGGUCGACGCUAAAGAGUAA